AUGGAAUAUCAAAAAGGAGUUGCCAGUCAUUGUAAUAAACUUCGUCAUUGUGCUCCACGUUGCCCUCAAGGAAGCUUCUGUGUGAUGUUUCAUGACAGAAACCAUUUAGAAGAAUUUGAACAUCCUUUUUCCAAUCCUUGCCCACGAUCUCCACUCGAUUGUCUUCAUUACAUCGAAUUAGCAGGAGCAAAAGACACUCGACGUCUUUCAGACGUCACUCAAAAACAUUGUAUAAAAUAUGCUCAUGUGUGUAAAAAUGGUCGCAACUGUACUGAUAACACGCCAUUACAUUUGUCUAAAACUAUUCAUGUUGCCCGUCAUUUAUGUCAUUAUCAAGACAAAUGUAGAAACCUGAAUGACGAAGAACACUUAAAUUCCUUGACACAUCCAAAUGUUCCUGAUAUUCGGCCAGCAUGUCCCUUUGGCGAUAAAUGUCGCGAUCUUCGAAAAUUUGAUCAUAAAGUUAGCCUUCGUCAUCCUUCGGCCAGUGAAGAUGGUGUUGUACAAUAUUAUGGUUCGAAUGAAAAUACAAAUUUUGUGCAGAAUCAGAAAGACAAUGUGGCAAACAUUGAAGACUUUAUUUCAAAAAAUAAAUGGAAACCCUUGCCUUCAGGAGCUAUUCCUCAGCAGAUUCUUAACUGGAUACGCACUAUACAACCCAUUCAUCGAUGUAGUCCAAUUAUAUUUGAAUCAAUACUACUGCAUGGACAUGUAAUGAGUCGUGAAUAUAUGGAACAUUUGAAAGAUCCGAUAUUUGUUGCUCAUUCCGUUUUGCAUCAUACUCGAAUGCGACGUAUUGAAGAACUUAAAACAAAGACAUGUAAAGAGGAUGCUACACUAUAUGUGACUGCACUAGUUGCACUGGAAUUCGAAAACAAUGGUUUUACUGCAGCAACUGUAGUUCCUCCAACUUUACUGGGAGCUGAGGUAGCCAAAGGGACCACACCGUAUUCUAGCAAAGAAACCUACGAACAUAUCAUAAAGAAAAAAGAAAUUAAACUAUCAAAAACAAUGUCAAAGAAUAAUCUAAUUGCCUUGCAUACAAAAGCUAUCGAAAUUGCACAAGCUUCCAUUAAACUUCAUUCAGAUCCAGCUGGUAUUGGUCAUCCACCAGAUAAAGCUUCGGGUACAGAUAAACUUGUUUUUAGUAUCUUAGGACCACGUUUAGGUCAUUAUUACGGAGAUGUUAUUCUUGUUUUCAAACGUGAGAUUUUACAUCAUCCUGAUGCAAACCUUUCUGUUCAAGCAGCAACAUCGUUUGCUAGUGGAAAUGCUUAUAAAUGGUGA